GACGACAUACGCGUUGAAUACCACCCUCACGCCGAGAAAGAGCCGGAAGUGACGCCUUUCUCGCAAUUCUCGCGAGAGCACUUUUCCAAACCCCAGAUUGACGAGGAGAGCCUUGACCCAUGGCACCCUUUCCGCUCUCGGCUCGACUUCGAGGUGGCUGAGCUCGCACUUGAUGCGCUGAUGACCAAGGAGCAGACAUCGCGGCUCAUCAAGCUUAUUCGGCGCGUUGCUGAUCACCGGGAAGAUUUUCACAUCCAGGAUUACAAGGAUUUGCGACAAACGUGGGACGCUGCUGGCAAGCGUGUCACACCAUUCCGGCGUGAAGUCAUAUCCGUAAACUAUGCUAAGGAGCCUGAACCACGGCAAUUUGACUUUUGGCAUCGUCCUCUGUGGGACUGGGCCACCGAUCUUCUGAAAGAUCCACGUACGGGGCCUCACUUCCAUUUUGAUGCCCAGCGGCUUUCAAAAUUCGAUGGCGAGUUGUUUGUGCGCUUCAUCGAUGAGCCAUGGACAGCAGAUGACUUCUGGAGCUUCCAGAAUCGGAUUCCCGAGAAUGCCAAGCCGUUUGCGAUCAUCCUAUAUGCCGAUAAAGCCAAGUUGUCUACUUUUGGCACCCAGAAGGCGUAUCCCAUCAUUGCUCGCUGUGCCAACCUUCCCGCAUCAAUCCGUAAUGGCACAGGAUUUGCGGGCGGUAGAGUCGUGGGUUGGUUGCCCAUUGUUAAGGAGGACCCUAAACAAAAGAAAAAGGUAGCGUGGAGCAACUUCAAAAACGCUGUCUGGCAUGAGUCUUUCAGAGUCUUUCUCGAGGAGAUUGCCAUAUAUGCAAAAACGGGGCGAUGGGUGAAGUGUUGGGAUGACAUUGAAAGGUGGUUUUUCCCGAUCAUUCUUAUUUUAUCUGCAGACUUCGAGGAGCAGAGCGUCAUGGCAUUGACUCGAGGCGUCAAUGCCAAACGACCGUGCCCGGUAUGUAAAAUUCCCAGGAACCUGCUCUACAGCCACCAGGAGUGGCCUCGAAGAGUUGCAGAGCAGACCGAUGCGCUGCUCAAACACGCUCGAAGUCUUAGCCGCAAAGAACGAGACGAAGUUCUUCUGCAUGCUGGAAUUAGAAAUGUCAAUAACGCGUUCAACACUGUGGAAGGCACGGAUGUCCACAAGGCUCUCUCCUUUGAUCCGUUGCAUGCAAACAAGGAGGGAAUGUUUGGGUAUCACCUUUGGCCCAUCGUGCAGAAGGAAGUACAUGCAUUAGGACGCGAUGCAGCAGCCACUGUUGACAACAACUUUGAUCUAAUGCCUCGGUGGAGGAAUUUUCAUCAUUUUGACCAUGUCAUCGAUGUAGCCUUCAACGACGGAGAAAAACAUGGUGAUAUAUCCAAGGCCCUAACAUUUACUUGCCAUACUGUCCUCACCCAUCACGCGGAGACGGGCCCAAAUGGCCAUCUUCUCCUCCGACUUGUUAGGGCAUAUGUUGAAUUCGACAUGUGGCUAACCUUAGAUGUACACACGGACGUCACGCUUGCGGCAGGGCAAAAAUCCCUUGAUGCAUUGGCUGACCUGACCAUGGUAUAUAUUCGGGAAACCGCUGCAGAGUCCGAGAAGGACUGGAACUUCCCCAAGAAUCACACGCGUGACCACUCAUUCAAAGAUAUCAUAGCUAAAGGUGUCACUCGUGGCUUUGACGCCAAACCAAACGAGCGCAUGCAUGGCAUCUUUCGAAGGAUAUAUCACGGCACCACAAACUUCAAGAACAUUAUACCACAGAUCCUCAAAGUCGAGCAUGACCUCCUGACCUGUCUGCAUAUCCGAGAACUCCUUGACGAUCACGACGCAAUAUACGAAGCAGAACUUGAGCCUCUUAGCUCAUCGACAGUUAUUGUAACCGGUCCACUGACAUCAUCUUUUCGUCACAGUGAGAACUCCCUCCAUAUACGGAUAGGAUCUCGCCAAAAGGCGGUGUCAUUUGAGGAUGUGGAGACUACAUACGCAAACGAUGCAGCGUUUGAGCGAUUUCGAAUCAAAACCUACGAGUUCCUCAACAUCCUCAUUCCUUCUAUUGGUCGCUUGCUUCCGGGAGCUCGGCGUGUUCAAUACAAGCCGCAAGAUAAGGCCAGUACUAAUUUAAAAUUCACCUAUGGACAAAUUGUUGAGUUCAGAUACAUGAAGGUUAACUACGAGUCCAAAGUUGACUGGUGUCUGCACUCCGACUACCUGCGAUGCAGUCCAGACUUCUUCGGCGGACCACGUUAUGACUGUGUUAUCAUUAACACAGAACGGCGAAACAUCUUCGGCCGUCUCCUUUUCCUCUUCGAAUGCAUAGUGGAGGGGCAGACAUACCAGCUCGCCCUCGUCCUUCCAUAUGAUGCUGCUGUUGGUGCGCGAUCAGCUGCAGAUCGAGACCUUAACUUUUGGCGAGUGCGAUCGCAGCCGCGACGCUGUGCUGAGAUAUUCUCAGUGGAGUCAUUUGUUCGGGGUGCUGCACUAGCUCUUGAUCCAUCCAUGAUAACAUCGGAUGAGUAUCUGGUUGUGGAUACAGUGGACUCCGAUAUGUUCCUUCGCAUGCAACACAUGCAUGAGUCAGCUGGACAUCAAAGGUACGUCUUUUCAACUACAUCAAGUAUACUAAUUCACAUCGUGAUAUACAGGCCCGCAAUCCCUUCAGCUUGA